UGACCCUCUCUCUCAUCUUUGUAACUUGGACCAAAAUAUUCCAAACCAUCUCUGCUUGCAUCAUCUUUUGUGCAUUGUCUCCAAAUAAAAAACCAAGAUUCUUCACACUUACUUGAUGGUACAUAAUCUGAAAGAUGAAACUUCAUAGUCUGAAGUGACUUCCUUGAAUCAAAGUUGAUACUAUUUCAUCUCACAUUCACCUUUUGUUCAGAAAAGACAGUAAUGGCUCAACAGGAAGAAGGGUGGCCAUUUGGAUUGAGAUUAUUGAAUUCUAGAGUUGGGGUGAUGAGAAAUGGUGAUUUUUCAGGUUCAGUUUCCUUUAGUACUUUGCUUUCUGGUUCUCCCACACCUUCAACUUAUUCUUCAUCAGAUCUUGACACUCAGUCCACUGGAUCAUUCUUCCAUGACAAGAGCAUUACACUAGGCAACCUCAUUCGAGUUUCGAGUUUCCUACAACUCUCAAGGAGAUCAAGUAGAGGAAGAGUGAUGGAUUCCUCGAACGAUAACAAAAGGAAUCACAAGCAGAAACCUUGGUUGUUUUCACUUUGUUGUAACCUUAGCACUGAUGCAGUGAAUGGUAAUGAUGCUCAUUCUCUUGGUCAUUACCUUGAAGCUGAAAGAAAAGCUGCAAGUACUUACAGAAGAAUUCAAUUUCCUACAAGUUUAUAGACCAAAUGGCUUUUCUGGUAUUCAAGACUCAACCUCACACACUUUGUUGGUAGCCAAGAUUGAAGCAAAGAAUUUGAACAUCAAUAGUUUUUUCUAGUUAGUGUAGAUAACAAAUCAAUAAAUGAUGAUCCAUUGUUACUCAUUUUAGUAUAUUUCAUUUAGAUCAUGGUUUGAAAUUAUUCUUGUAGUCGUGGUUGCGGUUACAUUGCAAACCUUUAUAUCGCGGGGAAACUGCGGUUGCUGACUUAAAACCAUGUUUAGGAUCAUAGACCUGUUUCCGGAUAUUAUUCUAUUUGGUAGUUAAAUUUAAAGGCAUUAUUAUUAGGAUGUUAUAUUUUGUAUUCA